AUGCCGUCGCUUUUCAGUAAAAGCCGUCGCAGGGAUGACCAGGGCGACAGCACGGACGACGGCGACGACAAAGGCGUGGAGGCGUCGCCGCGGGAAGCGCCGGCCAUACACUGCCUGCCAACGGGGAGCGGCCGUGGAUUCAAGUCAUCGCAGGCCUCAGCCUCACCAGCAGGCGCUGCUGCCGCACCUGCUGCAUCACCCACGAGAGGGGAAGCGCCUGCAGCAGAGGAGGCGACCACCCCUGUUGGCCCCAAGCUCAUCCGCUCCAAGGGCAAAAUCGAGAUCAUGGGGUUUGAAGUGGCGAACGUGAUCGUGAGGGCAAUCAACCUGCGGCAGUCGCUGCUCGAGCGGGAUAUAGAGGACCUGCGGGCGGAGGUGUUGGCGUCUGAAGGGAUAAGGAUGCUGGUCUCAGACGAUUUCUACCACGUCUGGUGCAUCGCUGCCGAGGACAAGCGGGGCGAAUUAAGAGCAGUGGCGAGGGACGUGGCACGGCUAGGCAAGCAGUGUCUUGACCCCGCCCUACAUUCGCUCACCCAAGCGUUUGACGCCCUCGGCACCAUGGACGGCCCCAAGGGCCGAAUGACAUCAGCGGAGGUGGAGGGGGAGUUGCGAGCGCUGGAGGGGCAGGCGCAGAUCACAGCAGUGAGUUGGUUGGAUGCUGAGUUGACUCUUGGGGCCACGGGUUGCAGCUUGCAUAGCAGCAGAGGCGGAGGUGGAGGGGGGGUUGCGAGCUUUGGAAGGGCAGGCGCAGAUCACAGCGCAGAGGUAGAAGGGGAGUUGCGAGCGCUGGAAGGGCAGGCGCAGGUCACAGCGGUGAGUGGGUGGGUGGAUUCUGUCUUGACCCGUGAGCUGGGUCUUCCUCUGGUGACCUAUCAGCUGACUUUAGGAGUGACUCGUGGGUUACUCCCAUGGGUUGCAACUCCUUUGUCAGCUUGCGGAGGUAGAGGGGGAGUUGCGAGCGCUGGAAGGGCAGGCGCAGAUCACAGCGGUGAGUGGGCGGAUGCUGUGGUGACUCCCGUGGUGGCUCCUCUGGCGGCUUAUGAGCAGACUCAUGGAUUGACUCGUCGGUCCCAUCCCAUCCCAUGGGUUGCGAUUCGCAUAGCAGCAGCGGAGGUGGAGGGGGGGCUGCGAGCUUUGGAAGGGCAGGCGCAGGUCACAGCGGAGCUGUACCACGAGCUGGCGAAUCUGGAACAGCUGCAGCAGUCGAGUGGCGAUUCACGUUCCUCUUAUCCCCUCCCUGUUCUCCUUUCCCCCUUUUCUCCCCCAUCCUUCCACUGCCCCACCCCAUCAGGAGCUGUACCACGAGCUGGCGAAUCUGGAACAGCUGCAGCAGUCGAGUGGCGAUUCACGUUCCUCUUAUCCCCUCCCUGUUCUCCUUUCCCCCUUUUCUCCCCCAUCCUUCCACUGCCCCACCCCAUCAGGAGCUGUACCACGAGCUGGCGAAUCUGGAACAGCUGCAGCAGUCGAGUGGCGAUUCACGUUCCUCUUAUCCCCUCCCUGUUCUCCUUUCCCCCUUUUCUCCCCCAUCCUUCCACUGCCCCACCCCAUCAGGAGCUGUACCACGAGCUGGCGAAUCUGGAACAGCUGCAGCAGUCGAGUGGCGAUUCACGUUCCUCUUAUCCCCUCCCUGUUCUCCUUUCCCCCUUUCUCCCCCAUCCUUCCACUGCCCCACCCCAUCAGGAGCUGUACCACGAGCUGGCGAAUCUGGAACAGCUGCAGCAGUCGUUGGACAGACGAAUGAAGCAGGAUUCGGACUCUGCCAUCAACAGAGAGCUGAUAGCACAGAUGCGGGCAGAGAUGAAGGCACAGGAGAAGAUAGUGAAGACGAUGAAGAAAAAAGGGCUCUGGUCUAAAACCAUGGACGAGGUGGUGGAGAAGCUGGUUCAGGUGGUCAUAUUCCUGCACGACCAGAUUGUAGACGUGUUUGGUGCUGAUGUGGUGAAGGUGGGUCGCCUCAUGUCCGGCACCCUUCCCACGGCGGCUGAUCUGAGGAAACUCGGAGUGAACGGCAUGGCGCUGCAAUAUGCCAACAUAGUUAACAUGAUUGACACCAUGGUGAUGCGUCCAGCGUGUGUGGAGACACAGAGGGAAGCGCUUUUCUCUGCCCUGCCCGCUUCUGUCUGUGGGCGGCUGAAACGCACGCUGCUGCAGUCACAAGAUAUAGAGCAGGAGAGCACGGAGAGCAUUCGGCAGAAGAUGGAAGCAGUGCUGGAUUGGCUGGUGACCAUGGCGGAAAACACCAUCCGGUUCGGGCUGGACAGCAGGGUGCAGGGGCACACGGACCUGACGCUCCUGCAGACGCUGCAGCAUGUGGAUCACCUCAAGAUGGAGCGCCUCGUGCUGCUGCUGCUCGUGGGGCUGCAGCACCUCGCCAGCCGCAGUGCGGAUCAUGACUGGAGCCCGGUGCCCCGCGGGGUGGUGCUUGCGCCGGUGUAUUCGCCUAGAGUGCUGUCUCCUGAUCGCGCCGGUUCUUCUGCUGCUGGUGGUGGUGUUUCUGCUGCUGGUGGUGGUGAUGGUAUUGGUGUUGUUGGUGAUGGCGCUGAAACGGCUGCUGCUGCAGGUGAAUCAGAUGGGCUGGUGGUUCGUGCUAAUGGGGAGAAGACUGGAGAGAUGGGAGAGAAAAUCAUCACUGUCGAAACAGCCUCUGCCAAGGCCGGUGCCGCUGCCACUGAUGCUGGUACUGCUGCGGCUAAUAUUGCUCCUGCUGCCGGACUUUUGGCUGCUUCUGAGGAGGCAAUUGCGUGUGCAACAGACGAGUUCCGAUUCCCAUUGUCAAAGUCCUCUUCGGUUGAGGCACAGGGGCCGGAAACUGAAGGAGCAGCAGCAGCAGCAGCAGGAGCAGCAGCAGCGGGAGGAGCAGCAGGAGCAGCAGGAGCAGCGGGAACAGCAGCAGCAGCAGAGGCAGAGCCAGCAGUUGUGCCGCCCAUCUCUCUCUCCCUUGCCCGUCGCAGCCUCUCAGAGAGUGUCCCAACCGUGGGCGACUGGGAAACCCUGCCCCGGCGCAUUGCGGCAAUGGAGGAGGAGGAGAAGGCACGGGCGGAAGAAGGCAGUGUGGAUUCUGCAGCAGAAGGGUUAGGGUCUGGGGAAACCGGUCGGCCUCGAUCGGCUGGUCUGGAAGCGGGUGCGGUGGAUGCGGCAGGCUCGGCCGAGCCUCCGGUGUGGCGGCAGGUCCGGCAGGCGUCUCUUAGUGAAGUGUCUCUGGAGCCGGUACCAGAGGUGGAGGUGAUGGAAGGGGAGGAGGGAGAGGAGGAGGGAGAGGGAGAGAAGGGAGCGCGAGAGGAGGGAGAGGAGGAGGUGCAUGAGAAAGAAAAGGACGAUCUGUUGGCUCCUCUAGCGUCUAAGACCGGGGGAGGUGGUGGUAGUCGACCUUCUAGCAGCGGAGGGAAGCUUGUACCAACUGCUACCGCUACUGCUGCUGCUGCUGUUGGUGCUUCCACAGGAGAGGAUGCGGAAUCUCCUGCUGCCGCUGCUCGUAGGGCGCUAGCUAGCGGCAUGGGCACCAGCCGUAAGAGUUUAGAAAACGCCCUUCGUAUGGGGGGUAAUGCAGGGAAACGCCCUGUGGAUGCUGCCGGAGCUUUCGGGAGCCCGUUCGACCGAACCAAGCCGCCAGGCUCGGCAGCAGGCUCGGGGCCGUUGGCAGGCGAAGCGCUGCUGGCAGCGAUGACCAUGAGCCAGGGCUUUGGUCCGGCAGCCCGAGGCGCAGCUUCGGAAGAGAUGAUGGAGGCGAUGCGAGAAGCCACGUACGGCCGAAGCAGGAGCCACACCUUUGCCAUGGCGGCUCGGCCCGAACCUAACCCGAGGUUCUUCACGAAAUCCCUAAGCAGAUACAGCCUGUUGAGGCGAAUGGAGGCAGAGGAAGCAGGGGGGGGUGGUGGUGGGGGUGGUGCGGGCAGCAGCAGCAGUGGGGGAGGGUCGGUCUUUGUGGCGCCUCAGCGGUUUUUACCAAUGACUCCUGCAACAGUGGAUGUAGAUCGCAUUCACGAUGUGCAGCCGGAUUUGGAUUUGAGCAGUGUGGCUGCGCCUAGACUGGGAGGGAGACUGCUGUAG